GUCCAAACUUAACCUUUAAAAAUAAUGUUGUUUCUUUGUAAAAAUUAAUUAUUUUAUUUUAUUUGCCCGGCCUACUACUCCAUCACUUUUUUCUCCGUUCAUCAUGUCCGAACCUUCCCAGUCCCAACCUUUUCCCAAUGAUGGCGGCGUAGCCUGAUUCAAAACCCUAAACCCAACCCUUCACUUCCCCGUUCCUACCAAACUCCAAUGGCUACUGCACUCGCUCUCAGAUUCAGAUCCAAUCUAACCCGCACCGCCUCACUCCUCAUCUCCUCUCUCCAUCCACCACAAUUCAAACCCUCGCCGCCACUCUUCUCUUCCUUCUCACUCACCCCUUCCACCCCCCUCGAUUCCACCUCCUGGUUCUCCCUCUCAACCCACCGCUUCCUCUCCACCGCACGCCGCCAGCCUACAUCGCGGCCUAAGAAAACCAUCGACAUCGCCGCACGCGCUCGACAGCUCCAAGCCAAGCGUCUGUGGACCUACGGACUCUCAUUCGCGACGUUCGCCGGUUUCAUCGUCGUCGUUCUAAACAACUUUCAGGAUCAAUUAGUCUUUUACGUCACUCCAACCGACGCAAUAGAGAAAUUCCGAACUAACCCUACCAAAGCCAAGUUUCGAUUAGGCGGUUUGGUUCUCGAAGGAAGCGUUGUGUAUCCAUCUUCUUCUCCAGGUGUGGAAUUCGUGAUCACCGAUUUGAUUACCGAUAUCGUUGUUCGCCAUGAAGGCUCUUUGCCUGAUUUGUUCAGGGAAGGACACUCUGUUGUUGCUGAAGGGUUUGUGAAGCCUUUCACAGAUGAAAUCAAAAAAGAUAAUUCUUUGAAGAAAGUUUCUGCGAAGGCUAGGAGUGGAGAGUAUUAUUUUUCUGCUACUGAAGUUCUUGCAAAGCAUGAUGAGAAAUAUAUGCCUAAAGAGGUUGCUGCUUCAAUUGAGAAGAAUAAAAAGAUUCUUGAGGAAGCUAAUGCUGUGCCUGAAGUGAAACCUAACAUCCCUUCAUAAUUUGAUGAUGGAUGACUAUGAAGUGAGCAUAUUCUUUCUUCCAUUUCCACAGAUGGAUGUGUGCAGAUAAACAUAAUUAAAAGAAAGAAAAACUCAUCUUUGAGAGAAUGGAUUCUCUCCAUUGAUAUUAAAGAUGUGAAAUAUAGACCUCAAAAAAUAAAGGCAGGGGAGGAUUUUAUAAUAUAGAAAGAAAAUAAAUUAUAGUGUUUGAAUAGUUAAGAUGAUCUAGUGAAGAAAAGAUGUGAGAUUCUCAAUGGAGAGAAUCCAUUUCCAUCUUUGGAAGUCUUUUACUCUGUUAGGAUUGUUUAUUUGUGAUAUGUUAUUUUGACGGAUCAAUAGUUUCCAGCUUUGCUGUCAUCUUUUAGACCUUCAACAAAAUAAUAGAUCAAUUGCAACCCUUUGUGAUA